AUGUUCAAUCGGCAUCAUUUAAAAUCUAAAAAUCCUGAACCCACAGAGAGUGACAAGCUUUUGAAACGCUUGAAAGACACUGAUGCAAUUUUCCAUAAAAUAUUAUCGGAAAACAAUGAACUUCAAGAUUAUGGCAUUGGGGGAAGUGCGGGAUCAACGGAUGAUAAAAAUGGAGAAAAAUUUUCCAAAAAGAAUUCAGGCAAAAUUACCAAUAAAUUUAAAAAUUUGUUAAAAAAAAAGAGUAUCAAGGAGAAGGGGAAGGAAGUGAUUACUGAAGAAGAACCUGAAAAAGAAGCUGAAAUGAUGAAUCAAGGGGAGGAUGAUUCGAAUAAUAUUGGUGAAGACGAUUUGUUUAGCAAUUUAGAGAAUGAGCUAAAAUCGGGAUCGGCUUCAUUUCGCUUUCCUUUGAACGUAAUUCAUGAAGACGAGGAAGGUAUUACCAACGAGGCAGCAUCUAGUAAACGUUCACUACUGGAUAUUGCUUUGGGUAAUUUGGAAGAUGAUUUGGAGAAUAAUGAAAAUGGUAAUGAACCAAUUCAAAAUAAUGAUCAGGAAAAAUCAGAAGUGAAUAAAAAUGUUGAAAUUGAAGAGGAAAAGAAAAUUAAAGGCGAGCCUAGUCAUUCUAAUAAAAUUCAAGAAAAUUCAGAGAAGAAUAAAGAGAAUAAGGAGAAAGUUGGUGAUGAUCCAAAUAAUGAUUUGGGUAAUUAUUUAAUUAAUUAA